UUGUCUCUGAUCUCAGCAGUGUAUCUUGGGCAUGGGAGACUGAUGGUAAACAAGUAAGCAGAGGUGAGAGCUGCGGUAACUGGUAACCACGGAGGCAAAGCCUGCUCAGUGAAAAGAAUGACAACUCUUCCAGAGGCCUGUGACCUGGAGCUGAGAGCAGAUGCAAAGAAGGAGAAAUGUCCUCAAGGGAAAAGCCUACUUCUGUGUGCACUGCUGAUCAGUAUUGUCCUGGGCUUUACAAUGCUUAUUGCCCACACAAUGAUGAGCUGUGGUCUAGGAUCUUGUGAUGCUGAGGUGGAUCUUGCACUAUUGGCCAGACUCUUGAGUUCUAGGAAUGACACAGUAGACCCCUGCAAGGAUUUCUACAAAUAUGCCUGCGGCAGCUGGGAAGGCAAACGCUCGAGCAGAACCACAGAAGAAUCAUUAAAUGUCUUUGAUUUAUUGUUGGAAGAAAACCAGCUGAUCCUGAAAAAACUUUUAGAGGCCCAACAGUUUGGGGUAAGAAGCUCAGCUAAGGAGAAAGCAAUCCUGUUCUACCGAUCUUGCAUGGAUGCUCAACGAAUAGAAUCCCAAGGAACUCAGCCACUGAAGGGCCUCCUAAAUCAGGUUGGUGGAUGGAAUAUCACAGGCAUUAGGAAAGCAAAAGAUUUUAACAAAACUCUUCAGACUCUCAUGAGCAAAUACAACACCUUUCCCUUUUUCAGAGUCCAUGUGGGGCCUAGCCCCUCUGACCCAAACACCAAUAUAAUUCAGAUUGACCAUCCUGAGUUUGAGAUGCCACCUGAGAGUAAAUUCAAAGAGAAAAAAAAAUAUCUUGAGGUUCUCCGUGUGUAUCUCUCUUAUUUGGAGAAAUUAGGGCACCUACUUGGAGGGCCACAGGAUGUUCCUCCUGGCUCUUUUUCCCUUACCUUGUCCUUCAUCUCUAACCUCCAGCGAGCUGUCACACCACUGCAGGAAAGGCAGCAAAGAGGCAUGCUGUUCUAUCGCACUACCAUUAGGGAGCUACAGGAAAAGGCACCCGCAAUCGACUGGCUGCAGUGUCUCCAGGCAAUCUUCCAACUUGUGCCAGUGAACCUCUCUCAGCCAGUCGCAGUGCAUGACAUGGAUUACUUGCAAAACAUGUCACGGCUUAUUGAACAAUGGCAGAAGGAAAGGGUCCUUCACAUCUACAUGAUUGUUUGUCUGGUUGGAAAUCUCUCCCCAGCCCUUGACAGUCGAUUCCAAGAUGCACGCCUGGAGCUAUCUAAGGUUCUUCAUGGAAAAACGGUAUCUAGAAUGCUCCCUGAAGAGCGCUGGAGGAAGUGCUUGAGUGAAACCGGUUCUUUCUUUGAACCAGUCCUAGGGCAGAUGGUCGUGAAAGAAAUUUUCCCUCAACAGAACAAGAAACUUGCUGAACAGAUGUUCUCUGAGAUCCAGCAUGCCCUCUAUGGCCAACUGCAUCGAUUGAAAUGGAUGGAUGAGCAGACCCGCCUAGAGGCUAAAGUUCUGGUUUCCAAACUACAAGUGGAAAUUGGCUAUCCAGCUCACAUACUCCAAACUGCCAAAGUGAACCUGGAAUACCAGAAUUUGGAGAUAAAUCAAGAAACGUUUCUCCUCAAUGUGGUGGCUUGCUUGAAGGCACUGAGGGAGACUUCCUACAAGAAACUCCUUCAGCAUCACUCACAGGAUAAUUGGAAGAUUUCCCCCUGGGAUGUCCAUUCAUACUACUCGCUAAGGCACCAUAUGGUGGUCUUCCCUGCUGGAAUGUUUCGCAGCCCUUUUUUCAACCCAGAGUUUCCCAGUGCUGUGAACUUUGGAGCCAUUGGGGUCUUCAUGGCACAUGAACUUCUUCAUGCAUUCUAUAGUUAUGUGCUACCUGGGGGCUGUCCUACCUGCAACAGGAGUGCACUACAGCAAGCUAUAGAUUGCUUGGUAAAACAGUAUGAAAGCUACUCCAUGUUUGGCUUUAAGAUCAAUGGGACUUUUACUCUGUUGGAGAAUACAGCUGACAAUGGAGGGCUUGCCGUUGCUUACCAGGCCUAUAAGAAUUGGCUGAAAAAGCACAGACAAGAGAAGGAUUUACCUAAGAUCGGACUUUCACAUGAUCAGCUCUUUUACCUCAGUUUUGCUCAUACAAUGUGUGGAUACCAGGAUCCUGAGAACCUGCAGUCUUAUGUGCACACAGAUCCGCACAGCCCCUUGCCACUUCGUGUUUGUGGGCCUGUCAGCAAUAGCCAGGACUUUGCCAAACACUUCCACUGCCCCAGCAGAUCACCAAUGAACCCAGCUAAGAAGUGCCACAUCUGGUAAUCUGCAUGGCAAAGGAGGAAGAAAGAUAUGACUUGAGAUGAAGGCCUGAACUGUGAAAGUAUGGUCGUCUUGUCUGGGCUUAUAGAAAGACAUAGUGCUCUUAUUCAUUCAUCUAUAUUCUUUUUCUUGUUAUCCUUUCCUCAGCCUCAACUUGCACCUCUCAGCAGUUUAUUGUAGCAAAAAUUCCAGUCUGAGUUCAUAGGGGAAGAAGAUCUCUUCCUACUGCUGGCUCUUCCUACUGCUCCUAGCACUAUGUCCCAGCUGGGAUAACUCUAGAGUCCAGCAAGUCCCAAAGGAGCAAGAUGACUAGCCAGUCACCUUUGGAUGAACAGUCCAGGAAAGGACUGUUACACCUGUAAUUCCUCUGUUUAAUGGGUUUCCCUGUCUACUCCAGCAGCCCCACAGUCAUAUUGAAUGGACAGGCCAAUAAGUUGUAACCAUAAGAUCUGUUCAUAUCAGAGAGGCUCUUAGGGAGAUCCUGCAGGUUGGCUACACAAACCACACAUUUACACUACUAGACAAGGAAGAAACAACAACAAUGAAACUUAGCAGAGUUUUAGCUUUAUGCAUCAUCUGUGCUCUUUUAUCCAAGUUCACUGGGACGAUUUAUUACUACAUCUGAUCAUGCCAGACUCCAUGUAUUGUGUUGUACAGGAAGCGUUUUCCUCUUGCCAAGUGCUCUAUGGAAAGUGGCAGCAAACAACAGAAGUUGUAACAGCAAUACUGUUGCUUGCUGUCUAUAAAAUAAGGCAGAAAAGAUAUAUAGGUUGAGAGAAAAGAGAAACUAAAACUCCAAGGAAACAAAAUAGAAAAGAGGAAGGCAUACCUAUUGGUGGGAGAUGGAUUGGGAGCUGAGAAAAGGGUACUGCCCAACAAGAUUCUCUUUCUUCCCAGUCUCUAAUUUACAGUGAGGGUAUGGGUGAAAGUGAAGUAUGGGAUAGACACAAGAGGUCCUAGAGAACUCUGAAGAUUGUUAGCAUGAACACUCAGAAUUCCAAGAACUUCUGUGGAUCUUGAACCAAAUUCUCUCAUCCCUUCAGGUUCUCUAAUCCCUACAUUUGUAAAUAUUCACCCUCCAAACAGGGGAAUUCAGCUGAUGUAGGUUUUUACUAUCUAGUCAAAACUGAAUUUUAGGGAUUAAGAUAAGUAAUAUGCCAUCAUUAUGAAAACUGAUAACUGUAAUAAUUCUCCUAAUUCUUACCAAGUAUUGACCAACAUCAGAACAUUUCAAGAACAGACUGUUCAGUGAUUUCAUUUUCAUUAGUGAAAGACUAAAAUAUUAAGUGCUAUUUGCUUCAGAAAAAAAACCAAUAUCACUUUGAUUAUAAACUCUUUAUGGCCAGGUCUGUUUUUUUGUUUUGUAUUUAUACUGUGCCCAGCAUGACCAGAGUUCUUAGCUGACAUUCCAACACAAAUAAUAAAUAAUAACAAAAUUGUGCUUGUGCUUUUCUUUCCAAGGUCACUUUUAAACAAUGUAUACUUCUCCUACACUCUUUUAAUCAAUGUU